CAGCCCUGGUGAGUUCAGUAUACAAUGAAUGCCAGGAUGCUAUCCACCAUGGCAGGCAUCUUCUCCAUACUCAACACCAUCCAAUUCUUCAUCUUUGAACUGAAUCAGAUAACACACAUUGGCUUCGAAGACAAAUACAGCAUCUACCUGGACACAGAUUCCGAGGUCUCAUCCUGGGCUGUGGUCUACAGGAACAACAUCAGCAUAGGCCUGUCCAUUACCACCAUCACCAUCAGCUGCUUCUUCCUCUUCUGCCUGGACAAGAACAUAUUUAUUGGGCUGAUAAUCUACACCCUGUGGAUCAUCACUUACGAGCUCUUCAGCUUCACCAUGGUCCUUUUCAUCUACAGCACCAUCAAGGAGCAAUUCAAGGACCUGGGCCAUCUGUACUUGGUCCUGCAAAUCUUCCGCAUGCUCCUGCAUUUUACCCCUCUUCCCUUCAUUGUCAAGCAUGGCUACACGCUGUACAAGGACCCCAAGACUGUGAGCAUAGCCGGCCGCCGCAAGCGCUCCUCCAUCAGCACAGUGGACUCAUGGCCACCUGUAGGGCUGGGCUCUUUGUACCGCAAAACAAACUGAACCAGGAAUGGCUAUGGCAGAUCCCUCCCUUCCUAG